AAGCUUCGGUGUUGUACGUCACUGUUAACCCCUGCGCUACGAAUUGUACGAGGGGAAGCUCGCCAGACACCGUGCCUUUUACCCCCAGAACGCGAACUGUACAGAUUUAGAGCAGCAAUCGGGCGGGUUUUGUCGUGGAAACCUGGCAACCCUGGAGUGGAGAGUUAUUUGUAUUAUCGGAGUGUGUGAGAGAGAGAGCGUCGCGAGCGAGCGUUGAACGCCACAGACAGCGGAGGUGAGCGAGGCGGACUCGGCGAACAUGGCAUCCGGCGAGACGCUGUACAUCGAGGCGGACGGCUCGGAGAUGCCCGCGGAGAUCGUGGAGCUGCACGAGAUCGAGGUGGAGACCAUCGAGACCACGGUGAUCGGCGGCGACGAAGACGACGACGAGCAGCAGCCCAUGAUCGCGCUGCAGCCGCUGGUCACAGACGACCCGAGCCAGCUCCACCAGCACCAGGAGGUGAUCCUGGUCCAGACCCGCGAGGAGGUGGUCGGCGGAGACGAGUCGGAGCUCCGCGGGGAAGACGGCUUUGAGGAGCGGAUCCUCAUCCCGGUGCCCGCCGAGGAGCACUACAUCGGGCAGACGCUGCUGACAGUCGCGGGCAAGAGCUCCGCGGGGCGGCUGGGGAAGAGAGCGGCGUCGGGGGGCAAGAAAGCGGGCAAGAAGAGCUACCUGAGCGCGGCGGAGGCCUGCGGGAGGAAAUGGGAGCAGAAGCAGGUGCAGAUCAAGACUCUGGAGGGCGAGUUCUCCGUCACGAUGUGGGCUUCGGAUGACAAGAAGGACAUCGAUCACGAGACGGUGGUGGAGGAGCAGAUCAUCGGGGACGACUCUCUGGAUUUUUCCGAGUACAUGACGGGAAAGAAGCUCCCGCCCGGUGGAAUCCCGGGAAUCGAUCUGUCGGACCCCAAGCAGCUGGCGGAGUUCGCCAGGUCAGAGACGCUCACCUUUACUGCCCCAUUACCCCCUAAACCCAGGAGCCCCUUCAGUCACAGCGGAGCUGGUUUUGCUCGUAGUCCCGUCCGAAUGAAGCCGAGGAAGAUCAAGGAGGACGACGCGCCUCGGACGAUAGCCUGCCCGCACAAAGGCUGCAGUAAGAUGUUCAGGGAUAAUUCAGCCAUGAGGAAGCACCUGCACACUCACGGCCCGCGGGUCCACGUGUGCGCCGAGUGCGGGAAAGCCUUCGUGGAGAGCUCCAAACUCAAGCGCCAUCAGCUGGUUCACACCGGAGAGAAACCCUUCCAGUGCACGUUCGAGGGCUGCGGGAAGCGCUUCUCUCUGGACUUUAACCUUCGGACACACGUGCGGAUUCACACCGGGGACCGGCCCUACGUUUGCCCGUUCGAUGGCUGCAAUAAAAAGUUUGCUCAGUCCACCAACCUGAAAUCACACAUCCUGACACACGCCAAAGCCAAAAACAACCAGUGACCUGCGUCCUCGCACUGCUCCAGUUAUCUUACACGGACUCCACGGAUGAUGCUUUUUACCACAGAGACUACAAACCAGUCGCUUCAUUCUUUUCCACUUUUACUUCGGUCUCUCCCGUCUUCAUAUAGCUUUUAAUUUUCUAUUUGUCCAAGUGUGCAUAUUCUACACUUAUUUUGGGGGUAAGCUUGGUAGUGCGGCCUGUGAUCAUGACUAACGGCUGAGUGCUUCACAGACGGGUGAUGAUGGGACUUCCUGUGCGUUUGCUUCUGUCUCUGUUGUUUUGUACGGUUGUGAUGAUAAUCUGCAGGACGCUGCGGAGCGGCUGUGGAUCUGAUGUAGUCCUCUCUCGUGACACACUUUCAGUCGCACCACGGUAACCGCAGUGAUUUUUCUUUGUUAGAAUGUAUCGUAAAGAUCUAAACCAUGAACUAUCCUUUGUUAAUAUUUACACCUCACCUGUACUUCAGCAAACUACUAUUAAAGAGGAAACCUCUGUUUCUGCCUUCCUGGAA